CGAGUGCUGAAAUUUCACUGGUUUGGACUAGCCGAAUUUUUCAUUUCACAACCAGGCAUGGCGGAGGAGGUAGUGCUCAAACCCGGAGAGGAAUUCCUCUGUACACAAUGCAAUCUGUCACUGAUUGGUCAACGUUACAUCCUCAAUGAUGAGAAACCCUAUUGUGUUGCGUGCUAUGAACAGUUGUUCAGCCACACUUGUGAGCUGUGCAAGGAGAAAAUCAAAUGUGACUCCAAGGAUUUGUCCUUCAAAGAAAGACAUUGGCAUGAACGAUGCUUCUUCUGCAGUGAAUGCAAAGCCUCAUUGGCUGACAAACCUUUUACAACCAAAGAUUCUGACCUCUACUGCCCGGACUGCUAUGACGAGAAGUUCUCUCCGCGCUGCGACGGGUGCCAUAAAAUCUUCAAAGCUGGUUCACGAAAGUACGAGUACAAAGGCUCCACGUGGCAUGAGGAAUGCUUCACAUGUCUUGAGUGCAAGCAGCCGCUGGGAACAAAGAGCUUUGUUCCGAAAGACAAUGGCGUGGUUUGUGUGCCCUGUUACGAAGAAAAAUACUCGCAGCGUUGUUUCAAGUGCAACAAGCCAAUUCAAAAGGGGGGCGUUACCUACAAGGGUCAACCUUGGCACAAGACCUGUUUCCUAUGUGUGAACUGCAAUGCGGAAUUGUCAGGACAGAAGUUCACCUCCAAAGAUGAUAAGCCAUACUGCGCGGACUGCUACACAGAACUUUUCGCGAAAAGAUGCGCGCAGUGCACUAAACCCAUCAGUGGUUUUGGUGGUUGUAAAUUCAUCACUUUCGAGGAUAAACACUGGCACUCCGAUUGUUUCAACUGCACAAAGUGUAAGAAUUCGCUCGUUUUGGUGGUUGUAAAUUCAUCACUUUCGAGGAUAAACACUGGCACUCCGAUUGUUUCAACUGCACAAAGUGUAAGAAUUCGCUCGUGGGAAAAGGAUUCCUCAUCAACGAGGAUGGAAUCUUCUGCCCUGAGUGCGGAAAAUGAAACUGAUUGUGCAAACAAACGCUGCAAUCCUAAGAAAAAUGAAAGAGUCGUUUAUCUUUAUUUGUUUUUUUUCUCCUGCUUUAUUCUAUGGUUUUUAAGUUGAACACACAAAAAGCUUGUUCUAUUUUUUAUUUUGUUAUCUUUAAUUGUGAUUGUUUGAAUGGGGUCCCGAUAUACAAAACGGUUGACACCACACACAGCUAGUCUACCACGUACGCAUUGGAUGGAUGCCACCAUUUCUUUUUUUUCUACGUCAGUCCAACUUGUUGUUGUCAUUUGGGGGAUACUUCCUCUAUCUGAGUCUUUGACGAGACAACUUAUCGUUUAGUCGAAAAUUUACACCGAAAUAUCAACGUUUUGUUCCCAUCGUCUCUGCCUCCAGUUGUUCACGUCGGAUGUAUACGCUGGAGAACUGAAUAAAAAACAAUUUUACAAUGCAGCCUUAUUUUCAGUGUACCACUUGCUCCAUCCAUGUAUUUGUCUGUUCGUACGACAGCAAUAUGUGUUAUCGAUUAAUCCGA